AUGGGUUUAGGAAACUAUUUUAAACCAAAGAAGCCUGAGCCGGCGACUGGAGCAGGAUCUUCUACCAUUAAUGAGAAGCAAGCUUCUACUGGGAUCCCACAAACAGGCAAUAACGCCUCGUUGCUUCAACCUAUGAAUGACAACCCUGCUUCGCAAUCAUCGACAAGAACUUCCACCUCGAAUCGAUCAAAUGUUGGCUCAAACUUGAUUGGGGGUAUAAAAUACGAGGUUAUGGUCAACUACAUCCAUCAACAACAAUGCGCAAAUCUCUGGGUCAGUGAUGAUAGUGGCGAAUAUGAGGGUGUUGUACUUAGGAAGACAAGAGGUACAUACCUGGCUUGCCCGCCACAAUUAGAAAGUUCUUCCUUUGCGGCAGCAUGUGCAAGUCUUAAUGUGCAAUGCGCAAUGACAGUAAAUUCUCGAGUUAUCAAGACUUUUCUAGAAUGCUCGCCAGAGGCUAUUGAUGUCCCGCUUUUGAAUGGUCUCAGGAUACAAAUUGUACCAGCAAUGGAGGAUUUACCUCGCGCGAGGAAACAUCAAUUUGCUGCAUUUGUUGCAUCUGAUGCUUUGCUAGUUGUGUGGGAUGAUGAUGCCUUAAAUUUAAUCGAACGAGCCAAGAAAAUUCAAGGAGAAUUAAUGGAAUUGGUUUGGAAGCUUGAGGAAGAAAUCAAGGAAGAAAGGAAAGCUCUAGAUGUUACCGCUGUGGAAAUGGACGUAGAAACUGGCCGACCUCUACCACAAACGCGUGCACUACACUUGCAAAACACAAUUUUGGUCACUCUUACCCUCAUUUUGAUCAUCACAACUCUGGGUCUUGGCAUUCGUCAAAUAACCGUUGAGACCAGUGUCGAUAAAAAGUACAGUCGUUGGGCACUCCUGAUUUUGACCCCCGUCCAGGUGUUCUUCACUCUUUUCUUCGCUCAAGCCAUCGUGGGAUGUCUGGCUCAGCUCUUCGGACCCGUACGACAAAUGAAAGCCAACUCCAAGUUUUACUCCGCUGAAGCACCACCACGUAUUCUCAAAGGGAAUCUUCCACACAUCACAAUCCAGUGCCCCGUCUAUAAAGAGGGACUAGACUCCGUUAUUGCACCCACUGUGAAAUCCAUCAAGGCAGCCAUUUCUACGUAUGAAUUACAAGGUGGUUCAGCCAACAUGUUCAUUAACGAUGAUGGUCUUCAAAUUCUUGGUGCGAAGGAACGACAAGCAAGAAUUGACUUCUAUGCUGAUCACAGUAUUGGAUGGGUUGCUCGGCCAAGACAUGGAGACAAUUUCACCAGAAGAGGAAAAUUCAAGAAAGCUUCCAACAUGAACUUCGGACUUCAUAUUUCUUGUAUGGUUGAGGAGAAGUUAGCCUUGAUUCAAAGACCCUUGGAUUGGACUCAAGCAGAUGAAGCACAAGCAUAUGGAAGAUGCUUGACAGAAGCUUUGGAAGACAAUGGCCGAGCUUGGGCUGAUGGAAAUGUUCGCAUUGGCGACUACAUCCUGCUGAUCGAUUCUGAUACUCGCGUCCCCUCGGAUUGUUUAUUGGAUGCUUGCACUGAAAUGGAAUUAUCUCCUGAGGUUGGCAUUAUGCAAUUCUCGUCUGGUGUUAUGCAGGUUGUCAAUACUUAUUUCGAAAAUGGUAUCACUUUUUUCACGAACUUGAUCUAUACUGCUAUCCGAUAUACUGUUUCGAACGGAGAUGUCGCUCCUUUCGUUGGUCACAACGCUAUUUUGCGCUGGGCAGCCAUUCAGCAGGUUUCAUAUGUAGAUGAGGAUGGAUAUGAAAAGUUCUGGUCAGAGUCUCAUGUAUCUGAAGACUUCGAUAUGUCUCUUCGCCUUCAAGUAAAUGGGUACAUUAUUCGCUUGGCUGCAUGGGCUGGUGAAGGAUUUAAAGAGGGUGUGUCAUUGACCGUUUACGAUGAACUUGCUAGAUGGGAGAAGUAUGCAUAUGGUUGCAACGAACUUCUCUUUCACCCAUUGCGUAUGUGGUUCUACAGAGGACCAUUUACUCCUCUCUUCCGAAGCUUCUUGUUCUCCAAUAUACGAUUCACCUCGAAGAUCACAAUUAUCUCAUACAUCGGUACCUAUUAUGCUAUUGGAGCUGCCUGGAUCCUAACCACAGCCAACUACUUCGCUAUCGGAUGGUUCAAUGGAUACCUUGACAAAUACUAUAUUGAUUCCUGGAAAGUUUGGUUCUCCAUCGUCAUCGUGUUUAACGGUCUUGGAAACAUCGCCCUAGCAGGAAUGCGCUACCGAGCCGGCGAACGCAGUCUCGGCUACUCCCUCUACGAAAACUUCAAAUGGACAUUAAUGUUGGCCAUCUUUCUCGGAGGCCUCUCUCUCCACGUCUCCCAAGCCCUCCUCUCGCACAUGUUCGAAAUCGAUAUGACAUGGGGUUCCACAUCCAAAGAAGCAGAAUUCAGUAACUUCUUCAUCGAAAUCCCAAAGGUCUUGAAAAAUUUCAAAUUCUCCAUGAUCUUUUCCCUCCUUGGCAUUUCCUGCAUUGUCAUCCUGGCCACUGCAUCUUUCGUUCCGUUCGAUUGGCGUAUUCAGGAUUUCGUGGCCAUUUUGCCCAUGGCGACCGUUACGGGGAGUCAUUUGCUCUUACCUAUUGCUCUGAAUCCAGCGCUUAUGACGUUUUCGUGGUGA